AAUUACCGUCACGGACGUUGCCGUGAACUUUACCGGCGUUGAACUCAUCGCUGGACCGCAGACCGCUAGCUCUGUUAUAGCAUCAGAGUAUGGGCAGUGUGUUGGCUGCCGCCUCCCCCAGUCCAGCUCCAGUUGCUGCCGCAGCUGGAGCUGGUCAGGGGGUCCCUGGAUUGGUGUCGGUCCCCCCAGGGUUUUCCAUGCCCUCAGUGUCUUCCGUCCCUCCGACAUCUGGAUCUGGCCAGCAGACAUCGGACGCAGAUUCCCAACUCCCAAACCCGGGCACAUAUGAGGAGUGCCACCGCAAAUGUAAAGAGGUAUACCCCAUGCAGAUGGAAGGGGUGCGGUUAUUGGUCAACAAGGGCCUGAGUAACCACUUCCAGGUCAGCCACACUAUUACCCUCAGUACCCAGGGUGAAUCAGGUUAUCGAUUUGGUUCCACCUACGUAGGCAGUAAACAGAUGGGACCAGCAGAGUCGUUCCCUGUUAUGGUCGGUGACAUCGACAAUACUGGUAGUCUUAAUGCCCAGGUCAUCCACCAGCUCACAAGUGCUGUACGCUCCAAAAUAGCCAUUCAGACUCAGCAGCAGAAGUUUGUGAAUUGGCAAUGUGACCUGGAGUAUCGUGGUGAACACUUCACUUCUGCUGUGACGCUUGGAAAUCCAGACGUGCUUGUUGGAUCUGGCAUUUUGGUGGCACACUAUCUCCAGUCUAUUACACCAGCGCUGGCUCUGGGUGGUGAGCUGGUGUACCACAGACGGCCAGGCGAAGAGGGGACCGUCACGUCCCUAUUGGGCAGAUACACAGGUGACAACUUCAUUGCUACUUUGACUCUGGGAGGUGCAGGUGCUCAUGCUACAUACUAUCACAAAGCCAGUGAACAGCUGCAGAUAGGAGUUGAAUUUGAAGCCAGCACAAGGAUGCAAGACACCACAACAUCCUUCGGCUAUCAGCUGGACGUUCCCAAAGCUAACUUCGUCUUUAAAGGUACAGUUGACAGUAAUUGGGUGGUAGGGGCAACCCUUGAAAAGAAACUGUUGCCACUCCCUCUCACCCUGGCCCUAGGGGCUUUCCUUAACCAUCGCAAGAACAAGUUUCAGUGUGGUUUUGGUGUCACCAUUGGCUAGAGGUGCAGGGUCUGUCUGAUGCAUCCCGCGGGCCACUGCUUGGACCGGCACAGAGACACACAGGAACCUGCACUAAGUUUUAGAAAUUGGAUUCAGAGACUCUCUUACAACUGAUUUCUUGGGCAGACAGAGAGACAAAGACCAAGGAGCCAGGACUGACCAAGCCAUGCCUACAUACUGUAGCACAAAUGUCUUUCCUUUAUGGUGUAUUGGAUGUACCCAGAGGCUAGAGAGAUGUACAUCAGAGGACAUCAGGUGAUGCAUGAGAACAUGUGAUGUGAAAAUCAAAGUAAGUGGUUAGCUAUAAUAUAUGAUGAUAAAAAUGAUGGAUUGAAAUAAAUGUGAUUACUUUUUGUAAAA